GCCCCCGCUCCGCACCCCGUUCCGAAGAUAUUCCUUCCUCGCGCGUCGCUCGCCAGCUGCAACACCCAUGCGCGCUCGAUGACGGACCCGACCGACGGCGCCGCCGCGCCGCCCAAGAGGCGCGCGUUUGGCUUCAAGAAAGCAGCAUGGCAAACGGCGCCCAAGAAAGACGAGCAGGACAUGUUCAGCCACUCAAACGAGUUCCAGGACAUUGUCGCCGAGCAGGCCAAGCGCCAGGAGGAGAAGAAGAAGGCCGAGGAGGCGCAAAAGCAGAGACAAAAGGCUGAGGAGGAGCGACAUCGCAAGCGGCGGAAAGUCUCGGUCGAGAGCGAUGAGGGAGUGCAAGCAAGAAGCUCUUCCCGGAACCAUAGAGUGACGAGCAAAGGGCGGAGCAAGACGCCCAUGUCCCCAACACGCAACAACUCGACCUCCGAAACCCUUGCUGCCCGCUACGAUUCCCUCACAAAGUCAUCCAGCAGCUCGGUGGGGGCCAGAACCAGGUCUCAAGUCAUAGAUUUGGGCGACACCGAGGAUGAGGACGAGUAUCCGCGCAACCCAUCUCCGAGCCCACGGGCAAUACCCAUACACUCGCGGCCACAGAGCGAACGAGAGUCUUCGGAAGAGGUCGAGGAGGUUGACAGCCCGCAUAUCGCUGUCCUUAAAGCCCAAAUACGAGCAAAGGCCUCUGCCAAAUCCCCAGACGCCGAUCAGGCACCCACAGCCUCGUCGAGCGCACAAGCACCGAUGCCCGUAGCCAUCGUCCAGCUACUCAUCGAGUCGGACAUCCCAGACACUAAACCUCUGAUGGUCAAGAUCAAGACGGACGCUUCUCUUGCAAAGCCCAAGGAGGCCUGGUGCACAAGACAGGGCUUCACACCCGCCCAAACGCGCGCUAUCUUCAUGACGUGGAAAGGCAGACGAAUUUUUGACUACACAAAGAUACAACGGCUGGGGAUUCGCCUAGAAAAUGGCUAUGUGUCCGUCGAGGGCGAUCCCAACAUCUACGACGACGAAAAUCUGCCCAGGAUUCACGUGGCGGCAUGGACAGAAGAGGUCUACAAAGCAAGGAAGGAAGCCGAUGCACUGGAGGCCGCGGCAGCCGCCCAGGCCGCAAAGGUCGUCAACGAGCCCGAGCCAGAAGCGGAGCCCGAGCCCGAAGUCAAGCAGAUAAAACUGGUGCUAAAAGCGAAAGGCAGGGAAGAUUUUAAGCUGAAGGUCAAUCCCCACACCGAGGUCAGCCACAUGGCAUCCGCGUACAAGAUGGCUAUGAAAAUUCCGAAGGAGCAGCCCGUCACGCUCAUGUUCGACGGCGAUCGGCUGAAGCCUAUGGACACUGUCGCGGAUAUAGACGUUGACGAUAUGGACGCCAUCGAGGUGCACUUCAAGUGACCAGACAGCUCUCUGCAAAUGGUUCACUCUUUGCAACGACACGCAGCAUCAUUGUCUCGUUAAGAGGCUUAUCGGGCAUCAAAGACCUACCUGGUUUGGGCUACGAACCCUUGAUUUGGAUGCACAUCCUACGAUCCCAUAUUCAGGGGGUUUGAUUUCCAGCAAUGAGAGGAGCAUGGCGUUGGUGGUAUUUGGGCGGGUUUAUGGAUAUACCGCAGCUUCUGCUAGGACUUUGGAGUAUUAGGCGUUGUUUCUCCGGCUCACCGGGCUUGGGUCACCCUUGAAGCUACCAAGACCAUUCAAUCGAAACCUCC